AUGGCCGCCCAGAAAAAGGACAAGCCGUCCGGCAUCCGGAGCGUCAAGGGCGAGAACUUUUACCGCGAUGCCAAGGCUGCAAAGCGUGUCAAGAUGCUGUCGAAGUUCAGCUCUUCGACUAAGGCGCAGCGCGACCGCGCCGGCAACAUCGUCAAGGCGGCCGAGUUCCAGAGCUCGGAGGCCAAGCCGGGGCGAGUGCAGCCGGACCGCCGCUGGUUCGGCAACACGCGUGUGAUUGCGCAGGAUGCGCUGGACCACUUCCGUACGGCGCUGGGAUCCAAGGUCAACGACCCGUACAGCGUGCUGCUGCGGCGCAACAAGCUCCCCAUGAGUCUGAUCCAAGAGCCUUCACGUGGCAAGGCCCCCUCCCUGACGGAGGUCGAGCCAUUCGAGAAGACGUUUGGCCCCGGUGCGCAGCGGAAGCGACCGCGCCUCGAUAUGGGCAUGAGCUCGUUUGCGGACCUCGCCGAGACGUCGCGUGUGAUGGGCGAGCAGGAAGACGAGAAGGUGGCGUCAAUGGAGGCCAAGGCUCGUGGCGAGGGCCUCGUGCCCGAGGACCGCGAGAUUCCUCUUGGCUCGUCGGAGUCGAGCCGCAUCGCGCUCCCGGGCGAGGUGUACUCGGCGCCGGUCCAGCGCGGCCGCUCGGAGCCAGUGUAUUCCAAGGGCCAGUCGCGGCGUAUUUGGGGCGAGUUGUACAAGGUAAUUGAUAGCUCGGACGUGAUCUUGCAUGUCCUGGAUGCCCGCGAUCCCAUGGGCACUCGCUGCCGCAAUGUCGAGAAGCAUAUCCGCGAAGAAACGCCUCACAAGCACCUGGUCUUUGUGCUGAACAAGGUGGAUUUGGUCCCUACGUGGGUUACGGCGCGCUGGAUCAAGAUCCUCUCGAGGGAGUUUCCGACGCUGGCGUUUCACGCGUCGAUCAACCACAGCUUCGGCAAGGGCAGCCUGAUCCAGCUGCUGCGUCAGUUCAGUGUGCUGCACUCGGACAAGAAGCAGAUCAGCGUGGGCUUUGUGGGCUACCCGAAUGUCGGCAAGAGCUCGAUCAUCAACACACUGAAGAAGAAGAAGGUGUGCAAUGUGGCGCCGAUUCCCGGCGAGACGAAGGUGUGGCAAUACAUCACGCUCAUGCGGCGUAUCUACCUGAUCGACUGCCCCGGCAUUGUGCCGGUGAGCGCGCACGACUCCGAGACCAACACGGUGCUCAAGGGCGUGGUGCGUGUGGAGAACCUGGAGACGCCCAGCGAGCACAUUGCAUCGCUGCUGAGCCGUGUGAAGCCCGAAUAUAUCAAGCGCACGUACCAGCUGACCUCCUGGAAGGACGCUGACGACUUUCUGGCACAGCUCUCGACGCGCAUGGGCAAGCUCCUCAAAGGCGGUGAGCCGGACCUCGACACAAGUGCACGCAUGGUGCUUAACGACUGGAUCCGCGGCAAGAUCCCCUUCUUUGUGCCGCCGCCGCUGCCGCCGGCUCAGGCGGAUAGCGAACAGGCGGAGCGCCGCGUGCAGGGCGUGGACCAGCCGAUCCAUCAGAUCCCUGUGAUGUCCAAGUUCACCAGCGAAGAUACCCAUGGCGGUGUGCCCGAGGACUUUGAGCGUGGCGACGGCGAGGCGCCGGACGAGUUGCUGGAAGGCGAGGACGAUGUGGAGGCGGAAGAGGACGAGGAGGAGGACGAGGACGAAGAAGAGGAGGACGAGGACGAAGAAGAGGAGGACGAGGACGAAGAGGACGACGAGGACGAAGAGGACGACGAGGACGAAGAGGACGACGACAGCGAGGACGACUUCGAGGGCCUGGCGUGGGAGGACGUAUUCCGCACGUCGUCGCCGCCGCCGGCGCAGGGCGUGUCUGACUCGGAGGAGGAGCGUCCGCGCGUCAAGGAGAAGCGAAUGACCACGAGCAAGCGCAAGGCGGAGAACUACUACACGCACGCCAAUGUCAAGAACAAGAACCGCCAUAAGAAGGCGAGCCUGGAGGCGGCACAAGCACAGUCGCGGCAGCGCGAGCGCGGCAGCCGCGUGGGUGUGAACCGCAAGGCGAGCCGGACGUCGAACCCGAAGCUGAAGAAGCGCAAGUAG